AUGACCAAGACUGAAACAUACAGCCUAGCUGCCAAGUCAGUGGCUACGUACGGACGGAUGCUCAUGGACGCCAUGGACGACUCACUCAUGUUCAUGCAGUGGGCGGUGAGCACGCUGCAGCACGAGGAGGAUCAAGGAGGAGCCGAUGAGAACAGGGCUGCCUCCCCAUGCCACCAGGCGGUCUGCGAUUCCCCGGAGCUCGCGGAAGCACACAACAGGCAGAGCUCCGGCGCCGAUACGCGCCGCGGCGGUGGGAUCAUCAGCCCAUCCCCCGAUGCGGCCAUGCAGCAAGGCAGCAAUUCCACGUUGACGUCGUUCCAGGCCUCGGGCAGCAUGAGCAGUACCGGCACCACCAACAUCCAGUCCAUGAGCUGGAACUUCAACACGGCACAGCCGUCCAGCGUUGGCGGUGGCACACAGGCCGCCAGAGCGCCCCUUCGUUCCGGCGUGUCACAGCCGACGAGGAAGGCCGCCGCAAGGAAAGUCGCCGGCUGCGCGCAAGACCACAUCAUGGCGGAGCGGAAGCGCCGGGAGAAGACCAACCAGCGUUUCAUCGAGCUCUCCGCCGUCAUCCCCGGCCUCAAGAAGAUGGACAAGGUAACGAUCCUUAGCAACGCAACGAGCUAUGUGAAACAGCUCCAAGAGAAGGUCAAGUCCCUGGAGGUGGCCGGCGGCAGCCAUAGGAGCGUUGAGACCGUGGUGCUGGUCAGGGAGCCGAGACGCCAUGCCGCGCCGAACGGCGACGAGGGGUCCAGUUUGUUCUACUCAGCAGCCCGGACAUGGAGCCAGCGGCAGCCCGAGAUAGAGGCAAAGCUUUCAGAGAACAAGGUGAUGUUGAGGAUCCACUGUGAAAUAAAUGGAAAGGGUGUUGUCGCCAGGGUUCUUGCGGAGUUGGAGGAGUUCCACCUUUGCAUCGUCAGCAAUAAUGUGAUGCCGUUCACGGAAUCCACCGUGAUUAUAACCAUCGUGGCAAAGGCAAGUUUUCACCGUUACUUUUAUGAUGGUACCUUGAAAAGAGGGCGGGGUAUUUGUGUGAUUUUAUCAAGACCAAGUUUAUAA